GAUUUUGUUAACGGUUCCUGCCCGAAGGCCAACAUAUCUCUUUUGAGAUUUUCAGUUAUCUGUGCUAUAAUGUUUGUGGGUGUAAUUACCACAAUUGUGGGAAACUUAAUGGUGAUCAUUUCAGUUUCUCAUUUUAAAGAGCUCCACACACCGACCAACUUCCUCAUCUUAUCCUUGGCUAUUACAGAUUUCCUGCUUGGACUGGUAGUCAUGCCUUACAGCAUGGUCAGAUCUGUGACUUCCUGCUGGUACUUCGGAGAUUUGUUCUGUAAACUACACAGUUCUUUCGAUAUGAUGCUCUCUACAACCUCAAUAUUUCAUCUAUUUUUUAUUUCUUUGGAUCGUUACUAUGCAGUGUGCCACCCACUUCACUAUUAUAGAAAAAUAACAUUUUCUGUCAUAGAAAUGUGUUUAUUUAUCAGCUGGUCCUUCCCUUGUUUUUAUUCAUUUGGUGUUGUUUUAUCAAAUGUAAUUAUGGAAGGGUUAGAAGACAAAAUGCUUUCCUCCUGCAUUGGGUCUUGCAUCCUAAUUUUCAACAAAUAUUGGGCAGUAAUUUCUUCUUCAUUGACUUUCUUUAUGCCGGGUACUAUAAUGAUUGGCAUUUAUAUUCACAUAUUUUCCAUUGCAAGAAAACAUGCCAAAAUAACACAUAGCCAACCAAAUUACAUGGGGUCCAAUACUAAGAGCACAAUGUCUCCUAAAGUAGAGAGCAAAGCAGCAAAGACAUUAAGUCUAGUUAUGGGAGUUUUUAUACUGUGUUGGCUUCCCUUUUUUACUGCAACUGUGGUAGAUCCUUUCAUGAAUUUCUCAGUCUCCGAAGAUCUAUACAAUAUGGUUCUGUGGCUUGGAUAUUUUAACUCGGCUGUUAACCCAAUCAUAUAUGCUUUGUUUUAUCGAUGGUUUCAGAAAUCUUUCCGAUUUAUCAUAAAUGGCACUAUAUUUAAGAAAGAUUCUUCUUCUUUAGCCAUGCUAUAA